GGUGAUUUUGGAUACGUUUCACAUGAUGGUUUCGUCUACAUACAGGACAGGCUCAAGGAAUUAAUCAAAUACAAGGGAUCCCAAGUAUGAUCUUUCAGUUUAGUACAAAUCUAUAACAGUCAUAGAGCUGUACUGUAUACACGUAAAACGAUAUUAUUGAUUUGGUGAAUGAGCGAAAAUCAAAGUUAGAAAUAAUUAGGCUCAGUUCAUUGACAGAUAUUACUUCUAUGCGAUAAGGUUGUUUUUUUUUUCCAUUUCAGUUACACCAUUUAAAAGUAGGACAACAAAUGCUUCUAUCUGAUGCUACCAAAAUUGUUGCCCUCAAGACUUGAUCAAAUAGUUUUUAAAAUAUUUUUUUUUUCCUUUAUAAUAAAAAAUAAUUUAAUUACAUAUUUAAUUUAACAAAGACUCCUCAAAGUCACCUGGUUGGCCAAACCUAUUUCAAUAUCCAUCUAUAAUUUUAUGAUUGGGUCGUUAAUUUCGAAAUAGUUGUCAAAGUUGUAAAUGUUUUUGUUUUGUUUUUGUAAACCAGGUGGCCCCAGCAGAACUGGAGGCUUUACUUCUUGGACACCCUGGCGUUCAGGAUGUUGCUGUCAUUGGAGUACCUGAUGAAAGUUCCGGAGAACUGCCAAAAGCUUUCGUAGUUAAGAAACCUGGGUCAAAGGUCACUGAACAGGAGAUCAUUAAAUUUGUUGAAGGUGAAGUCCUUAACUCUAAUAUAACUUCAGAGCUUUAAGAACAAAAAUUAGAGGAAUUUUUAAAAUAUCAAUAACUUUUUUAUCAAUGAUUCGGAAAUCUUUUAAUUUUAAUUUUUUUAGUUCUUUUGUUGUAAAUUAUGUUAGAUGUAUAGUAGAUCUUCAGUCUAAUUACCUACCCGGAGGUGGAGCUGAUACUGUCUUUAAGACAUGAUAAAACUUUAUUUAUAUUUGUUGAAUGAGAUUAUAAACAUAUUUAAACAUCUUGAAUUUCCAGAAAGAGUUUCCCCCAUUAAAAGGCUGCGUGGUGGGGUUCAGAUUGUGGAUGAGAUUCCCAAAACUCCAAGUGGCAAGAUCUUGAGAAGAGACUUGAAAGCCAAGUAUUGGUGA